AUGAAACCUGACCAACCUGAAAGAUUCAGAGAACCAACAUCCUCCAAUUAUCCAAGCACUCGUUUCCUGAAACAGAUUUAUUGUCUCCAGAGAGAUUCAAGUAAACGUAAAUGUGGUCAACCUGCAAUUUGCGACAAUAGAAGCGUUGCCCAGUUUGAAGGAAGGAAUCUAAAUAAUGGCAAAGAAAAAGAACCUUGUGAACAAUCCUGUACUAAAUCAGAAGGGAAGACUGAAUCAGAUGAGAAUGGAGAUGAGAAAACAUCAAAGAAAGCAACUGGUGAGGAAGGAAAAGUACGUCACCAGACCAAGCCUGUGGCAUCAACUCCUGUACCAGGUUCCCCUUGGUGUGUAGUCUGGACUGGAGAUGACCGUGUUUUCUUUUUCAACCCCUCAAUACAACUGUCAGUGUGGGAAAAACCUGUGGAACUUGAAGGUCGAGGUGACAUUAACAAAAUUAUUCAAGAUCCUCCUCAUAAGCGGAAAAUAGAACUGGCAACAUCAAAGGAUGAAACUUCUAAUCAAGAGGAGGCAAAUGAGGAACACCUUAUGAAAACAAAGAGAAACAAAACUGAACAGCCGGAGAUUGCUAAUUCUAAGAACGCAUAA